AUGCCCUCGUUGCCCGGCUUCUCGGACAACCCAUUUCGCACCCGCGCCGACCUCGUGCAAGCGGCAGCGGCGCUGCUCCGGCCAUUGGAGCAGUACAAAUCUCCUGCCAACGCGAGGAUUAAGCUCGCAUCCCAUACGGCGGCCGGUUUUGAUGAAGUCUCGGCGCAGCUGGAAGGCUUUGCGCGGCCGCUCUGGGCUGUAGCCGAACUGCUUGGACACAGCGACGAGGCUGCUUCUGCUGGCCUGGACCUCGGUUCAUGGACGAAUGGCGUUCAAUCCGGCACGAACCCAGAGUCUGACGAGUACUGGGGAGAUGUUGGAGACAUUGACCAGAGAAUGGUGGAAAUGGAAUCUAUUGCGUUUACCCUCCUCACUUCGCCGGAAUCUUUCGUAAAAUCGUCCGACCAAGAUACAAGGUACAGAUUGAAGAUCUGGCUGAGUCAGAUCAACAAAAGGCAAAUGCCGCAGAACAAUUGGCGUUGGUUUCGAAUUUUCGUGAACCUCGCUCUAGUCAAAACGUUCAAUGUCCCUAUGGAGGACGUGCACGAAAUCAUGGAAGACGACUUUAAGUUAUUAGAUUCGUUUUAUCUCGGCGAGGGGUGGUCUAGCGACGGAGCAUGGGGUGACGACCGGAAACAGGCCGACUAUUACUCGGGAAGCUUUGCCAUUCAGUUUGCUCAACUGUUAUACGUCAAGUUCGCGGUCGGUGACCAGGGGAGGGUCGAGAAGUACAAGCAACAGGCGCGAGAGUUUGCCUCGAACUAUUGGAGAUACUUUAACCCUAACGGUGCUGCAAUACCGUUCGGAAGAAGCCUUACCUACCGAUUUGCAUUCGCCGCAUUCUGGGCGGCAGCCGCAAGCGCCGGCGUCCAUCUUUUGCCUCCGCUCGACGAUAUCGGCACAGUAAAGGGCCUUUUGCUCAGGCAUCUUCGAUGGUGGUCAAAGUGCCCAGACAUGUUUAACACGGACGGCACGCUGAACAUUGGCUUCGUGUACCCCAACAUGUACCUCAGCGAAGACUACAACUCGCCCCAGUCAGUAUACUGGUGCUUGAAGAGCCUCAUCGUCCUGGGACUGCAAGAAAAUCACCCCUUUUGGACAAGCAAGGAGCUGCCCCAUCCCCUUGAUGAUUCGACGCCGGCCAAUGAGGAGGCGCGGCGGGAAAAGGAACUUUUGGAUCGCGUUGCGGUAGUCUGGCCUCCGAGACAGAUACUAUGCAACGGCCCUGAGCACCAUUUCCUCUUGUCUUCCGGCCAAAUGACGACGAAAAACUUUAAAGCAAGGGAGGCCAAGUAUGGAAAGUUCGCGUAUUCGUCCGCCUUCGCGUUCAGCGUGCCUUCGGGAAAUCUGCUUGCGCAGCUAGCACCCGACAGCACAUUAUGCGCCAGCCACGACGGCGGCGAGAGUUGGAAGGUUCGGUGGGAGCCGACUGACGUUCAAGUGGUUCAAAUAUCGAUAGUCAGGGCUGGUUCUACCUACAGGGUGCCAUCUCUGGUUAGCGUUUGGAAGCCUUGGAGGUACCUCGACUUACGCAUCGAGACCACAUUGGUACCUUUUGUGAAUCAUAUCCCCGGGUGGCACCUUCGUUUUCACAAGAUUUUCUUGGGAUCAAUGACAGAGAUACCUUCUUGGAUUGAAGAUCUCCAGCUAGUCGAUGGAGGCUUCUCCAUAAACUCCCAGACUUCGAAAGGUAACUUCAUUUCAGGAGAUGAUGUUGUCCAGCAAAACAGCAGUGUUAUCGCUUUCUCGACGGUGGGCGCCAGUGGUGUAGUUGACUUGGAGACCACGGCUAAUGGACGACCGGGGGUCAUUAGCGAGUGCCUCGUUCUAAGAGCCGAUCCUAACACGAAUCUGAUGUCCCAGAGGACUUUUAUUCCGGCUGUAAAGCACCAUAUCAGUCUAAGGCAAGACCAUGACUCUUUCUCGGACAAGGAACCGCUUUGUCUUGCUUCCGGUAUCUUCGCAGUCAGUUCUGGGGAUGGUUCGAACAGAGACGCUGUUAAUAGGAAUUGGCAAGCUCGGUCACAAAUACGGAUCGCACACGAGGCAGAUCUGAGAGUCGAGAUUCUGUGA